CGCGCGGCAAAAUGUCUCUGGUCGCGGGAGUAAUCCGUAGGCUGGACGAGACCGUGGUCAACCGCAUCGCGGCGGGGGAAGUCAUUCAGCGUCCGGCGAACGCAAUCAAGGAGAUGAUUGAGAACUGUUUAGAUGCAAAAUCCACAAGUAUCCAAGUAGUGGUUAAAGAAGGAGGCCUGAAGUUGAUUCAAAUCCAAGACAACGGCACUGGGAUCAGGAAAGAAGAUCUGGAUAUUGUAUGUGAGCGAUUCACUACAAGUAAAUUGCAGUCCUUUGAGGAUUUAAGUAAAAUUUCUACGUAUGGCUUUCGUGGUGAGGCCUUAGCCAGCAUCAGCCAUGUGGCCCACGUUACUAUUACGACCAAAACAGCUGAUGCAAAGUGUGCUUACAGAGCAAAUUACUCCGAUGGAAAACUGAAAGCUCCUCCUAAACCGUGUGCGGGCAAUCAAGGGACCCAGAUUACGGUGGAGGACCUGUUCUACAACAUAUCCACGAGAAGAAAAGCUUUAAAAAACCCAAGUGAAGAGUAUGGGAAAAUUUUGGAAGUUGUUGGCAGGUAUGCAAUACACAAUUCAGGCAUUAGUUUCUCGGUUAAAAAACAGGGUGAAACGGUAGCUGAUGUUCGAACACUGCCCAGUGCUUCGACUGUUGACAAUAUUCGCUCCAUCUUUGGAAAUGCUGUUAGUCGCGAAUUGAUAGAAGUUGAAUGUGAGGAUAAAACCCUCGGCUUCAAAAUGAAAGGCUACAUUUCCAACGCCAACUACUCGGUGAAGAAGUGUAUCUUCUUACUCUUCAUCAAUCAUCGGCUGGUAGAGUCAACUUCCUUACGAAGAGCCAUAGAAACAGUGUAUGCUGCAUACUUGCCCAAAAACACACACCCGUUCCUGUACCUCAGUUUAGAGAUCAGCCCCCAGAAUGUGGAUGUCAACGUGCACCCCACCAAGCACGAGGUGCACUUCCUGCACGAGGACAGCAUCCUGGAGCGGGUGCAGCAGCACAUCGAGAGCCGCCUCCUGGGCUCCAACUCCUCCCGCAUGUACUACACCCAGACUUUACUACCAGCCCUGGCCGGCCCUUCUGGGGAGGUGAUCAAGUCUGCUGCGGGUGUGGCCCCCUCAGCUGCUUCUGGAAGUGGCGAAAAGGUCUAUGCUCACCAGAUGGUUCGCACAGACUCCCGGGAACAGAAGCUCGAUGCUUUUCUGCAGCCCCUGAGCACGGCCCCAUCUGCUCAGCCCCAGGCCUCGGGCCCAGAAGACCAACCAGAUGCUCCCAGUGGCAGGGUCAGGCACCAAGACCAGGAAAUGCUGGAACUCCCAGCCCCGGCUGAAGGGGCUGCCAAAGAUCAGAGCUUACAGGGGGCUGCCGCAGAGAAGACCUCAGACAAAUCAGAGAAGCGAAGCCCCCCUUCCAGUCCGGACAACCCCAGAAAGAGACACCGGGAAAACUCUGAUGUGGAAAUGGUGGAAGAUGAUUCCAGAAAGGAAAUGACCGCAGCGUGUACCCCCCGGAGAAGGAUCAUUAACCUCACCAGUGUCCUGAGCCUCCAGGAAGAAAUAAAUCAGCGGGGACAUGAGACACUCCGGGAGAUGCUGAAUAACCACUCAUUUGUGGGUUGUGUGAAUCCUCAGUGGGCCUUGGCACAGCAUCAGACCAAGUUAUAUCUUCUCAAUACCAGCAAACUGAGUGAAGAGCUGUUCUACCAGAUACUCAUUUAUGAUUUUGCCAAUUUUGGGGUUCUACGGUUAUCGGAGCCCGCGCCCCUCUUCGACCUUGCCAUGUUCGCCUUAGACAGUCCCGAGAGUGGCUGGACGGAGGAAGAUGGCCCCAAAGAAGGUCUUGCCGAGUACAUUGUUGAGUUUCUGAAGAAAAAGGCUGAGAUGCUGGCGGACUAUUUCUCCCUGGAGAUUGAUGAGAAGGGAAACCUGGUGGGAUUACCGCUGCUGAUCGACAACUACGUUCCUCCUCUCGAGGGUCUGCCUAUCUUCAUCCUGCGGCUCGCCACUGAGGUGAAUUGGGAUGAAGAAAAGGACUGUUUUGAAAGCCUCAGUAGAGAAUGUGCUUUGUUUUACUCCAUCCGGAAGCAGUAUAUGUCUGAGGAGUCAACUCUCUCAGGUCGGCAGAAUGAAGUGCCUGGCUCCACAACAGACGCCUGGAAGUGGGCUGUGGAACAUAUCGUCUAUAAAGCCUUCCGCUCACACCUUCUGCCUCCUAAACAUUUCACAGAAGACGGGACCAUCCUGCAGCUUGCUAACCUGCCUGACCUUUACAAAGUCUUUGAGCGCUGUUAGCCAAGGCCAUGGCCUCCAGGCAGCUGUUUUCCCUGCACCCAGAGCGGCAUGUGGAGAGCCAUGGACUCCGGCUUCCUUGAACUAGGGGCACUCUUCCAGGCACGGGGAUGGACGCUUGACUGUAAAUAAAUUGUCAGAAUUUAAUGUCAGUACAUUUCAAAUUUUCUGUUUUGUACAAAUGUGAUUUUGUGGGAGAUUCCCAAAAGUAGUGUGUGAGUCCCCUAGGUUUAAAAAUAAAGUACCUUUAAGACUUC